AUGUUCAAUGUCCGAAAUAAUAAUAUUAGUGAUGUCUUGUUGCUUUUGGGUAGAAGUAUUCUUGUAUGUUCCACUACAGCGAAUGAGUUGAUUCAUUCAGCAACCAGACGGAAGGAAAAAUUACUUGUUUUAAAGUUGGAUUUUCAGAAGGCUUUGGACAGUGUAGACUGGGAGUAUUUGAUUUUGCUUUGUAUGGACUUCCCUCAGAAGUGGAUUCAGUGGAUAUCCUCCUGCUGUCUAUCUACGGGAACUACUUCUGUGUUGGUUAAUGGCAGUCUGGUUGAUUCUAUUAUGCUAAGGAGGGGUGUGAGACAAGGGGAUCCAAUCUCUCCAUAUCUUUUUCUCAUUGCGAGAGGAGGAACUUUUGGCUGCGGCAUAAAUUUUGGUUGCAAAAUCGACUCUUUUCCUAUUAGAUAUAUGGGCUUUCCACUUUCGAACAAAAAGCUUUAUGUUGGUGCUUGGGAUGCUUUAGUAGAACGGUUAGUUCUUAUCAAAUCAGUUUUAUUUAGUGUACCGGUGUAUUUUAUGUCUUUGUUUAAUAUGCUUGGGUCGGUUCAGAAGCAAUUAGAGUCGUAUAUGAUUCGCUUUUUGUGGAAGGGGUUGGGCAUUUAUAAUCUUAAGGUUAGGAAUCAAAGUUUACUCUUUAAAUGGGUGUGGAAAGUACGGAUUAACAACAGGGAGUCGCUUAGGCAUAGUGUUAUUUCAAGUUGCUCCCUCAUUGUUGAUUAG